CAACCCAAAGAAGGCGUUCUUGUUUUUGCUUCCCCUGUAGUUGUAUAAAUUUGGAAUGAGAUUCCACCACAGGCAUUCCAUUACAGCUCCUUACCGUAGGUGUCGUUUCUCCUCAGGAAGAGCUUCCCACCAGCUGUGGACUGAGAAGUCAAGAUGAAAAUCCUCUUGAGCGUGACUGUCCUGUCCUUCACACUCGCCCUGUGCCAUGGAGCCUGCUUCUCUGUCAAACACAAAGUGGAGAUUAAGGAUGGUGAACCGGUGUUUCCAACUGAGUGCACUGAUCUCUAUGAUGGGAGCAAGCAUCCAUUUGGCUCUGCAUGGAACACAGCUAAAUGCCUGACAUGCCGGUGCUAUGAAAAUGGAAGCGGAAUGAGCUGCUGUGACAGGUAUGGUGGUGUUGCUGUCGUUGAGGGAUGCGUAACAGUGAAAGAUCCAGAAACAUGCCAAUAUAAGUUCCAUAAAAAAGGUGACCCCUCCAAACCAUGUCACUAAGCUUUGAAACUCCCAGAAUAUCCCUUUCAUAUCAGGGAAUCUGAAUAAAUCAAUCAUAUGUGCA